AUGGUGGAGCGUAUUGUCAAGGCGUCUCAUUUCUGUGUGCAGGAACAGGUCGACGAAGCCGGCUGGGGGACCGAAGUGCAUCAUCGCCUUCUGGAGGCGGCUCUGCGGCGGCCGGGUGCAGCCAUCAGAGACGAUAUGGUGAACUUUUUCCACAUACCGACUGCCGCCGUUCAUGGUGCCAGAGCAGGCUCACGAAUGGUCGAUUACUGUAUGCUUGUCGACUGCCCAGUCCUCAUUCCAGACGAACCCUCCCUAGACGAUGCCAUCAGGAGGACGCGAAACCUGUCGGGGCGCGACACGCUCAACCACACACCCUCCUUUGUCCUCCGUGACAAGCCCAUAUCCCUCAGCAUUGAGUGUAAGAAACGCGAUGGGGGGCUCGACAAUGCCGAUUUGCAAAUCAGCUCGUGGCAUGCCGCGCAGUGGAGAUACCUUUUGAUGCUGUGCAGGAAGACAGGGGCCGCCGAUGUCUCUGGUCUUCCGUUCCUGCCCGGGCUCGUAGUCUCGGGUGCGGAAUGGUACUUUGUGGCGACCACUCGCGCUGGCAAUAAGACGACUCUGUGGACCAGGCGGUGCAUCGGCGCAACCACCAAUGUCGUUGGCACGUACCAGAUCAUUAGGACCAUCCAGUACUUUUCGUGGUGGACGCAGACGGUGUACUGGCCGUGGUUUCAGGAAAAGGUGCUGGGUCUUGUGGAAGCUGAUGACGAGGGUUGA